AUGCCGUCGUACGUGAGUGAGGAAACUGGAUUGCCAGAUGGGGGAAGACCAAGCAGUGGAUCGAUCGCAGUGGGAACGGAAUCGCCGGCCGUCUGGUCGUCGACUCACCGAAGCAUUCCAUGCUCUGGCCAGACAGUGAUUUCAUCUAUGCGUCAGGAAGAUUGUCAACUAUUUGUCAGGCUUGAUAAUUUAUUGAAGCUGGUUAUUGCCAGUGGUGGGCAAGUAUUUGUAUCGUCAGGUAAAAUGUUGAGCGUCGAAAAGCUAAAUCGUUGUACUGGUUAUGUAAAUAAUGGAUGGCCAACUACCUUGAAUGCCAUGAAAGUCAAUGAAUGGCCAGAUUAUGACACUGGGGUGGAAUUUUAG